UUUGCUUGCUGAUGAAUGAAGGUUGUGAUCUGUUACUAUUUUAAAUACAAGAUUGUCCUCUGGUUCCCCCAGGGAGUAUAUUACCAAAUUGGUGAUGUCGUUUCUGUGAUUGACGAGCAAGAUGGGAAGCCAUACUACGCUCAGAUCAGGGGCUUUAUUCAGGACCAGUAUUGUGAGAAGAGUGCUGCGCUGACAUGGCUCAUCCCUACCCUCGCCAGCCCCAGAGACCAGUUUGAUCCUGCUUCAUACAUAAUCGGGCCAGAGGAAGAUCUUCCAAGGAAGAUGGAGUACCUGGAAUUUGUCUGCCACGCGCCUUCUGAGUAUUUCAAGUCAAGGUCAUCACCAUUUCCCACAGUUCCUACCCGACCAGAGAAGGGCUACAUAUGGACUCAUGUUGGACCUACUCCUGCAAUAACUAUUAAGGAAACAGUUGCCAACCACUUGUAGUUACAAAACCAAACCUGGGGCAUCCCUACUUAGCAGGUAUAAAGCUUCAGUUUUAAUCCUAGAACAUACAUACGUGUCCCAAAAUAAAGCCAGACUUCCAGUUUUCUUAUAACAAGAUAUGCCA